AUGAACAACAGUAUUAUUCACGAAGUGAUCGACCUCUGGUACGAUUGGCCCAACGGAAGAAACUUCAACAUCAUCCAGCACCAGCUGGGGAAUGUCCUCCACGAUCUCGAGUGGAACAACGGGACUUCCUUCUUUUACACCCUCGAUUCCUCCAAAACCUACAGCAGUGUUCAGCUCGAGGUCGGGAUUUUACGCCCCGACUGGCUCGACGGAGCUACGUACUUGGGUCAGCGAGAGGCGGACGGGUUCGUUUGCAAUGUGUGGGAGAAAGCAGAUUUCAUCACGUAUUUUGAGGAUGUGGUCACUAAGAGACCCGUUCUCUGGAUCUUCUACACCGGCGAGUCUAACUGA